AUGUCGCCUGUCCAAUUCCCACCAAGAAAAAUCCCUGAGUCGCUGAAACAACCGUUGCGAGAACAUUUGGACGAACUUGUCAAGCUUGAGGUCAUAGAACGAGUAGACUAUCCAACAGACUGGGUCAGCGCAAUUGUUGUUGCACCAAAACCCAAUGGCAAAAUUAGAUUAUGCCUCGAUCCCAGACCACUCAAUAAAGCGUUGAAACGAUGCCACCAUCCAAUACCGACAAUUGACGACGUACUUCCAGAACUGUCCAAUGCAAAAGUCUUUACCAAAGUCGACUGUAGCAACGGAUACUGGCAAGUAGAAUUAGACGAAGAGUCGUCUCUUUUAACGACGUUUAACACUCCAUUUGGACGAUUUAAAUGGCAACGGAUGCCUUUCGGGAUCUCCCCUGCAGGAGAGAUUUUCCAGCAACGACUAGACCAGGCAAUUGAUGACUUGGAUGGUGUACGGACUGUUGCUGAUGACAUUUUAGUAAUAGGAAAUGGAGAGACAAUGCAAGAAGCUGUAGCCAACCAUGACAGAAAGCUCAAGGAACUAUUCGACCGCUGCAGAGCUAAACACAUCAAGCUUAACCCAAACAAUAUUGAGUUGAAGAAGACCUCAAUGCCAUACAUUGGCCACAUUCUUACCUCUGACGGUGUCCAAGCAGAUCCUGCUAAUGUACAAGCCAUACUAGAAAUGAAGCAACCCCCAGACGUGGCUGGAGUCAGAAGAAUCCUCGGAACAGUUAAUUAUCUUGCCAAGUUCCUUCCCCACCUCUCACAAGUAUCUGAACCACUACGACAACUCACAAAAAAGAAUCAGCCUUUCGAUUUGGACAAGUCGCAUGACGCCGCUUUCACCCAAUUAAAGAAAUUGAUCACAGAACCGCCAGUCCUCAAGUACUACGAGUCGACCAAACCGCUGAUAAUACAGUGUGACGCUAGCGACCACGGCCUGGGGGCAGCACUCAUUCAAGAGGGAAAGCCUUUCGCAUUUGCCAGCCGAGCAUUGACGCACGCGGAGAAACAAUACGCUCAGAUAGAAAAGGAACUGUUAGCUAUAGUCUAUGGAACCGAGCGUUUUCACCAGUAUACAUAUGGCCGACCAGUCACAGUAGAAUCAGACCACAAGCCGCUCGAAGUCAUUCAUCAGAAACCUCUGUCAGCAGCACCUAGACGUCUUCAAAAGAUGAUGAUGAGAUUACACCAAUAUGACUUAACCAUCGUUUAUAAGAAAGGGUCAGAGAUGCUGCUAGCUGACACACUCAGUCGUCACCAUUUAGACAACUGCACCGACGAAGCACGGAGCGUCGACAGCGAUCUCGACCAAGUGGACAGUUUGGAAGAAAUCAACGAAAUACUAAAUUGUGAAACAACAACCAUAUUCCAAGACCACACAACGAAAGAUCAAGACCUACAGCAAGUCAAAUCAUUUAUCCAGUCAGGAUGGCCCGAAAGCUCCAAAGAUCUAUCUCCAACAAUCACCCGUACUUCCAUCUACGAGACGAACUAA